GGUCACCUUGGGCACUGACGGAUCAGGGACGAUGGUAAUGUACGAAGACAAGGAGUGCAAGGAUGCUACCCCCUUCACAACCCCAUUAACCAAGGAACAGCUCUUGUCGCACCAGUGCCUCGGAAGUAGCAAGUAUUAUGCUGUCAAUACCCCCACCCCACCGACGGUCGCUCCAGUGACUGAUCCCCCCACGAAGGCCCCCACCGCAGCCCCGACGGCAGCCCCGACGACGGCGCCAACGACAGCUCCGACGACUGCCCCAACCGGCAGCGGCUCGACGAACACUGGCAACUCAGAUUCAGGAGCGGCAUCACUGCCUACGGCGUCUACGCUCCUUUCCAUCAGCUUGUGGCUGGUCGGAUGGAUGGCAGCGCUUCUGCUGUGAAAGUGACGCUUCGUCCCCCGCGAUGACACCGCGUGCUCGGAUGGAGAGCACAUCGUUCAUGGUGCAGACGCUUUUUUAUUUUCAUUUUUCAUUCUAGCGGAUUUCUGUUGGUCGCGACUACUACGGAGCAGGCAGAUAGGAAGGUCGACCAGCAUGCAUAACAACAACACGAUUAUCAUUUGACCAGC